AUGCCAAGCUGGAGGAAAGGGAAACGCAUCGGCUACUGCCUGACCGACAAGAAGAAAAAGAAACUGAAUUUCCAGGGCUUUGAGGAUCUCUGCAGGAAACGAGGCUAUGAAGUCAUAGAGAUUGACUUGGCCAAACCCCUCUGUGAGCAGGGCCCCUUUGACGUCAUCAUCCACAAACUCUCCGACCUGAUCCUCGAGUCCGGCUACGACAGCCAGUCUCACCAGCUCAUCCGCGACUUCCAGACCUACGUGGAAACCUAUUCCAGCAUCAUCCUCCUUGACCCAUUUCCAGCUGUACGGCUGCUCCUGGACCGCUUCGAAUCCUGUCGCCUCCUCCGGGAACUUCAGGAUCAAGACAGCUGCAUCUUCUCCCCGCCCUACGUGGAGCUGAACAGCGGGACCGGGAGCGAGGCGGCGGCGCGGAUCCGGGAGCAGGGCCUCACCUUCCCCUUAAUUUGCAAAACCCGGGUGGCUCAUGGACCCAGCUCCCACGAGAUGGCGCUGAUCUUCAACGAGGAGGGGCUGGGGGAGGUGAGCGCCCCCUGCCUGCUACAGAGCUUCGUCAACCACGACGCCGUCCUCUUCAAGGUCUUCGUGGUAGGCUCCUCCCACUUUGUGGUGCGCCGGCCGUCCCUGAAGAACUUCCCGCGGGGGGAAUCAGCCAGGAAAAGCAUCUUCUUCAACAGCCACAGCGUCUCCAAGCCGGAGUCCUGCUCCCGCCUGACUGAGCUGGAUGAGGCUACGCUGGAGCCCCCCCCGCCCCCCGACGGCAUCGUCUGCCGAGCCGUGCGGGCCCUGCGCUCCGCCCUGGGGCUCUCUCUGUUUGGGGUGGAUCUGAUUGUGGAGAAGCAGACGGGGCGGUGCGUGGCCAUAGACGUCAACGCCUUCCCAGGUUACGAAGGUGUCCCGGAGUUCUUCUCCGCCCUCCUGAACCACAUUGAGACGCUGUUGGAGAGCCAUGAGCAGGCGGCACGGGCCAGGGUGCUUGUGGCUGAGUAUUCCCUGCACCAGCGGGCGCCACACGUGCACACGGCCCAGGAGAGCACCCACGACACCGACCCGAGAGCCCCUUGGCUGGCCAAUUCCCUCGAGACGCCCAAGUCGGCACCAGCCGAGAGCAGCUUCUUCACCUUCGCCGUCCUGCCAGCCAUGCUCUCCCAGCACUGA